CUUUAAUUGGCAACACAUUGUUGAUGUUCUGUUGUGUCUGGGGAGAGUCAGCUUCUUUUUGUGCCUUAUUAUGUAACACAAUCACCGCCUCAUACCAUUCGAAGAAUGCCGAUUUCACUAGAAUGUCUGCUACCAUUUAUUUAUAGACAUUGAUAUAUUAUUUAAUUUCUUACAUAACAACCAUCAAGUAUAACCAAAAACUUAAUGUAAAACUAAAAAUGUUUUUGAGUACAACAAUGCCUACGACUUGCAGAGUGUCCUGUGAGCAAUGAGCAUUCUUGGGGUAAGCAUAAAAUGAUUGGAUAAUUUUCACUUAUAAACAGUGCCAUGCUGUUAAUUACAAGAAAGUGAUUAACAAAAUAUAUUUAUACUGACGGACAUUUUUCAAGUUUUAAGAAAACUUUGUCAAUCAACAGUGGACAUUAAUCUAUUUGGUUCAUCUAAUACAACUGUUUGUACCAAUAUAUAUUUCUGUGCAGGUGGCAAGGAAAUAUAGUGGUGAGAAAGCUUUAAUUAAAUGAAUCAUUUUUUCCUAAUCAAAGAUCAGCAUCCAGAAGGAAGAUGUUUUCUUCAAAACCUGAGGGAAAUAGGGAAAAACCUUAUCGCUGUGAAAUUUGUGGAAAAUCUUUUGUGAGCAAGGGAAAUUUGAAAACACACAACAGAUUACAUAGCGGGGAAAACCUGUUAUGCUGUGAAAUAUGUGGUAAAUCUUUCAUUAAAAAUUCUAGGCUGACAGUCCAUAAGAGAGUACAUACUGGUGAAAGACCAUUUCGUUGUGAAACUUGUGCCAAAUCGUUCGUGUCUAAUGACCACUUGAAGGCACACAGAAGAAUGCACUCUGGAGAAAAACCGUUCAAUUGUGAUGUAUGUGGGAAGUGCUUUGUCUCCAACAGUAAUUUAACAACGCAUAAACGGAUACACUCUGGACAGAAUCUGUUUCACUGUGAAAUAUGCGGGACGUCCUUCGUUGAAAAUUCCAGCCUUACAAUCCACAUCCGUAGCCAUACGGGAGAAAAACCAUAUUGCUGUCAAACGUGCGGAAAAGCAUUCGUGUCUAACAGUAAUUUGACGACACACGUUAAAAAACACAACGGAGAGAAACCAUUUCGAUGUGAUGUAUGCGGGAAGUCUUUUAUUAACAGUUCGAAUGUUAUAAUUCACCAACGGGCACACACAGGGGAGAGACCCUAUCGCUGUGAGAUCUGCGGAAAAUCGUUCUCUGUUAACUUCAGUCUUGUAGUUCACAGAAGAAUCCAUACGGGAGAGAAACCAUACCACUGUGAGAUCUGCGGGAAAUGUUUUGUGUGUAACAGUCAUUUGACGACUCACAAACGAAUUCAUACUGGGGAAAAUCCGUUUCGCUGUGAUAUUUGUGGGAAACCCUUCGUUGAAAAUUCUCAGCUUAGAAUCCACAAACGUAGACACACUGGGGAAAAGCCUUACCGCUGUGAAAUGUGUGAGAAGUCUUUUGUCAAUAAUAGUGAUUUAAAACGUCACGAACUAUUGCACAGUGGGGAAAGGCCUUAUCACUGUGGAAUCUGUGAGAAGUCCUUUAUCGCUCGAAGUCACUUGAAGAAACAUGAACGGAUACACACAGGAGGAAUAUCCAUUGAAAUGUGAGACAACUAUCUCUUGCAAGUCUAGCAACACAUUGAAGAACGUUUAUCAGAGUGAAUUCUGUGUAGCAAAUCUCUAUAGAAUUCUCAUUUUGUUGUCUCUACAUGUGAAAUGUGUGAAGGAUCAUUCAGUGCCAUUCUCAUUAAUCAUGAUUUGGAAAAGUCUGUGGUACAUCCUUAUAAAUGUGAAAUCUUGUUGCUUGUCAUUCACAGUCAUGCUGUUAAGCAUCAGCAGAUAUACACAAGAGGAAAAAUAUUGGUUUCAAAUUUUGGGACAAGGCCAGCAAUUUCAGAGGUGGGAUAAGUUGAUUACAUUGACUCCAGUGCUCAACUUGUACUUAUUUUAUUGACCACAAAAGGCAAAGUCA